CGGCCACCACAAGGCCUAGAAAUGCUGCCGAUGGCCCCACAAGCUGCGCAACACUCUCUGCCAGCUCGUCUGCUCUCGCCGCCGCAACCAGCACGCUCUCUACAGCUCGUGACCGCAGCAAUCGCGUUGCCGAGGGCGAGUGUAUCCAGCCAACCAUCGAACCAAGCAGAUACCGAACGUUGGUCCGCGUGCCCGAUACUAGCCACCUGAAACCAGGCCUCUGCUGCGAUCCUUCUCCCUGAGAUAUACCCAGUGAAUUGCUCGUUGCCCAUCUGUGCUACCCCUACACCCUCACGCAACCUCUCCACAUUCACGAUGAACGGCAACAAUGAAGUCGGAGCAGUUGGGGCGGAGAAGAUCAACACAGACAUUGUGACCCUCACAAGAUUCUUGACCGAAGAGCAAGCGAAGCACAAGGAGGCCACGGGAGACUUCACACUCCUCUGCCAUGCCCUCCAAUUCUCCUUCAAGAGCAUUGCCUACUACAUCCGCCGAGCCACCCUGAUUAACCUCACUGGGCUGGCGGGGUCCUCGAACAUGACCGGAGAUGACCAGAAGAAGCUUGACGUGAUUGGCAAUGACAUCUUCAUCGCCGCUAUGAAGAGCUGUGGCCGGGUCAGGAUACUGGUUUCCGAGGAAGAGGACGAGGCCAUCACGUUCAGCGAGCACCCAGCUGCCCGGUAUGGCGUCGUUUGCGACCCAAUUGACGGCUCGUCCAACUUGGACGCCGGUGUAUCGGUUGGGACCAUCUUCGGCAUCUUCAAGCUCCCAGAGGACGCGGAAGGCACCAAGGAAGACCUGCUCAAGCCGGGAACUGAGCUGGUAGCCAGCGGCUUCACCAUGUACGGUGCCUCGGCCCAGCUGGUGCUGACCAUGAAGGGCGGAACUGUCAACGGCUUCACCAUGGACAACGCGCUGGGCGAAUUCAUCCUAACGCAUCCAGACAUGAAGGUGCCGAAGUCGCGGGCGAUCUACUCGGUCAACGAGGGCAACAGCCUGUACUGGACCGAUCCGAUCAAGGAGUACGUCAACAGUUUGAAGUACCCAGAGGAGGGCGGAAAGCCGUACAGCGCGAGAUACAUCGGGUCCAUGGUGGCUGAUGCGUACCGGACGCUGUUGUACGGCGGCAUAUUUGCGUAUCCAGCAGACAAGAAGAGCCCCAAGGGGAAGCUGCGGAUUUUGUACGAGUGCGCGCCGAUGGCGUUGGUGUUUGAGAACGCUGGCGGUCAAGCGGUAGACAGCAACAUGAAGCGCAUGUUGGAAGUCGUGCCAGAGCACAUCCACGACCGGUCUGGUAUCUUUAUGGGCAGCUACAACGAAGUGCAAAAAGUUCUGGAUGUUCACAAGAAGUACUGAGCAGGUUUAGUUUUCGUCAGGCAGUCUCUUUUCCGAGUGGUCUUUCACGUCAGGGCGCCGACCUGGUUGCUUAUACUCAGCGUCUCGCUAGGCAGCAUAGAGAAAUUAAAACGCACCGCAUGUUAAUUGGAAGCCUUGUCGCUCUGUGGCACGCCUUGUGCACACCUCCUGGGCAGGGUUCACCGACAGUUGCGACAGCUGCAGCUCUCACCG